AGCCUCACUAAAUUAAAAACAAUAUAUUGACAAGACAUCUCUGCUUUCAUCUUAAUAAAAAUUCACACUUUUUCAAGCACUACCUAAUUGAUAUAUUAAUCAGUUUCAGUUUUCAAUCAUUAUACAUUUUGUAGAGGAUAAGACUAUCUUGUUAUCCAAUUAAGACCAUUCAGAAAAUCAAUCGUUAACAAAAUUUAAGGUAAGAAAGAUCAUAAAAUUAAAUGCGAGUAAAGGAUUACUUCUUAUCUGAUAACUAAUGUGAUUACAGCCUUGUUGAGAGAAUUCUAAAUGCGCAUUAAAAAGUUCUGGAAAAUAAAAAAAAUCUUAGGUCUCAGUCCUUGAAGUAGUAUGAGCUACAUACUCUUUCUAUUUAGAAUUCAGAUCACUAAAAGUCUCCCUCUAUCCUCAACCAGAUAAUCAACUACUGAUUGGAACUGAUUGAGCUUGAGUGGUUUUAUUUCACAAGACACAAUACAAUAUUUGCCAGUAUGGUUCAAGAUAGUAAUCUGUUUAGAUUGCUGAAGGACAUAUUUUGUAAAGUUUGAAAAUCCAGCUUUUGGAGCUUUCUGUAAUAAAAUUAAAGCAAUUAUAAAUUCAUUUUGUGUUUUAAUAUUAUUGUGACGCAUUGCGGCAAGACACAGCUGUUGCAUCGACCGUUGUUUUACAUAGUUGCAAGUGCAUUGAUUAUCGCGUGGAGUUCGAGAUACCGAUAUUUAGAAAGAUGAUGAAAAGUCUGAGCAAUCUUAUUAGCAAAAGACCCCUGUUGGGUAAUUCUGUCAUUUAUGGAAUAUUCUACACUGGUGCAGAAUUCGUACAGCAAAGUUACAAUAAAAAAUUUCAAGUAGACAAUGUUAAACAUUCACUGUCUGUAUCUAGUGUUACAAAUACAAAUUGUCCUCCAAACUGGUUAUACAAACUUAAUGAGUCUUUUGGAUUUGUUCAAGAUCCUAAUAAAAUUGGAGAGUUUGAUUGGAUUCAGUUACAGAGAUAUGGUAUUUAUGGAUGUCUGUUAGCUGGUCCAAUUCUUCAUGGAUGGUACAAAUGGCUGGACUCCUAUUAUAUAGGAAUCACAAAGACGAUCAUCCUAAAGAAACUUUUCGCAGAUCAAUUUAUCCUAACGCCACUGUUGAUCAUAUUAUUUUUCAGUAGCAUGAGUUUAAUGGAAGGAAGAGAUGAUAUUCUGCAUGAAUGCAAAUUCAAAUUUGCCAAGACUUUUCAAACUUCGUGCAUAUACUGGAUCCCGCUGCAGUUUGUAAAUUUUCUCCUGAUACCACCAGCAUUACGUGUAGCAUACGUUAGCGUAGCUGCAUUCUGUUGGGUAAAUAUUCUCUGCUAUCUGAAAAGAACGCCAUUGUUGCCUGAACAAGACAACAAAGGAAAAUAAUUAAGGUGAAAGGUCUUGGAAAGAGAGACAAAUUUCUUGAGAGCACUGUUAAAAAAAGUUUGACGAAAUCGACGAAACUCAGUGAAAAUAAUCACAGUAUAUCUUAGGGAUCACAGAGAAUAACAAGAUGGCCGCAUCAGAAACGUUUAUCAGAUUCAUUUUAUUUCUAACAGAUUAAAUAACAAUUUUUGUCAAGCUUGUAGUGUGCCAUUAUCUAUAUAUUCAUUUUCCCGCGCGAUCACGUUUGUAGCGUGGCUGUGUGUAUUUGUACAUAUAAAUAUAUAGGUACUGUGGAAUCGCCAUAAUGCUAAUAAAUCAAUUCAGAAAUACU